AUGUUGUAUUCUUAAAAUCCAUAUUACUACUUUCCAUUCUACUAGCCUUAAGUAGUAUAUCCAGUGUAUUAUUUCUCAGCCUAAGCCUCAAAUCAAUAAGAACCUAUAAUCGAACCAUCCUUGAUUACAAACAAUGAUAACCAUCCAAACCAUAUUCAACAAUCUAAUCAUGAUACAGAGGAACUGAUAAUUGAAAAGAAUACCAAUAGUUAGGACACAAAAAACGAGUCUAAAAGAGAAAGAGAAAUAAUAAAUAAGAAAUAGAAAAAAAAUACUAAAACUCCCUAAGUCUUGGACUCAACUAAUCUCCAUAAGAAUUUUACAAAGGCUCUUAUAGCCUACGCAAUCAAACAGCAAUUCAUAAUAUAUAAAUUAUUGGGAGAAGCCAAAGGACAAGAAUUUCUUGAAUUGAUGCACACUAUCAAGAAUAAGCUCUGUAACCUCACUCACAUCCUCUAAAUGACUAAAAACGAUGAAUUCUUAAAGGCUUUUAGGACUUUGGGACUUAUUUUCCUCAAAAAAGAGUCGGUUCCCUAUAUCUACAAUUCCAAAAUUCAACAAAAAACUAGUCAUUUGAAGCAUAAAGUCAUCAUAAAGAAAGCUCUGCUAUAAAUUUGA